CACCGGAAGGUUCGUCACAAUCCUCGUCUUCUUAUUCUUCUCGACUUAUGAGGCGGUGGUAGCUUGUCUUUCGUCGUGGUGGGCACUCAGAAUUGCGUUGUGCCGAGCAAUACCACUAUCUCUUUCCACGUCACCCAAAACCGACUGGCCGAGCAACUCAAGUUGACCUUGGUUUUACUAGAAAUGCAGCGACUGCGCCAUAGUAGCAAAAUAGCAUACUUCACAAUUAUCAGUCAAUGAGCGACGAGCAUCCAAAUGGCUUUGGACGGCCAUUCUUCAUUGUAACAUGGGUCGAAUUUGGGUUGGCGAUCAUCUUCAUGAUCGCUCGAUGCGUUGCUGCGUCCAGACUUAUUCAUAAUGUGGCGAAAGACCUGUAUUUGGCGAUAGCAACAUUUAUCCUGGGAGCUGCAAGCAUGGCGAUGAUCACUGUCGGAGCUACAUACGGGCUUGGUCUUCCGCAAGACAUGCUAACAUUCAACGAGAGCAAGAUGGCACUACUAUAUGGCUGGGUUAACCAAUUGAUUGCCCUCGUUGCGAUUGGGUUGGGGAAGCUUACCAUUGUCGCCUUUCUCGAACAAGUCCAGGGUUAUCAGACCAAAGCCAGAAGCAUAUUUCUUUGGUCUUUGGCGGGCAGCAACCUCGUCAUGAACUGUGUCGCUGCCAUCCUCAUGAUGCUUCAAUGCUCGCCGAGGAGGAUGCUGUGGGAAGCAUAUGCUAAGGGGUAUUGUCCCUAUCGCAGCCGUAUACAGGUAUUCGGUUAUAUUCAAGGGCCUUGGUCCGCUGUUUGCGACUUUGCACUCGCGUUAUAUCCCGUUUCUUUCCUUGCUCGGGUCCACGCUUUCUCGAUAGCGACUCGGAUCGGUCUCUGCGUACUGAUGGGAUUUGGCGUCGUGGCGGGGGCAUGUGCAAUAGUAAAAACUGUUCAAUUGACUGUUCUGACGAAAAUCGAAGAUCCGAGCCAACAGAUCGGAACAGUCAUUGUUUGGAAUCAAACCGAAAUGUGGGUCGUAUUCAUUGUCAGCUGUAUACCACCUACUAAAGUGUUCUUCAAGCAUGUAUAUCGCCGAAGUUCUAUCCGACUAGGCUCAUUUGUGGACCAAAGGCGGCCCCGGGAACAUGAGACGAAGCAGAAUGAGUCGAUGCAAUCCAGCUGUUAAGGCCGGUCAAUACGAG